AUGCUGGAUAGCAUAUUAAUUCAAAGCUUACUAGGUACAAUUAUUAUUUAUGGUUUAUUUCAAUUAAAAUCUAAAGAUGCAUCAUCUUAUUUAUCAGUUUUAUAUAAAUAUCGUAUUUUAAUUGGACUGAUAUUAAGCCUUACACUAUUAAUUAUAAGUGUCCAACUAAUCCCUCACAACUACUAUGAUGUUAUAGGCGUUGGUCGUUGGGCUUCUCGUAGUGAUAUUACUCAGGCAAUUAGAAUAGCUAAGAAGAAAUAUCAUCCAGAUAAGAAUUUAGAAGAUGACAAAGCUUCAUCUGUUAAUAUAUUUUAUGAAAUUCAACGUAUAGAAAGUGUACUAAACUCAGAAAGUAAGCGCAAUAUAUAUAAUAAAUAUGGUGAUUAUAGGAAAGAUGGAAUAAUAGAUGAUCGUAAUAUAAUUAUGUUAUCUGAAGAUCCUAAUCCAAUGAGAUCUAUUCCAUUUAUAGGCUCACUAUUACCAUUUGAAAAGAUUUUAGUUUUAAGGAGUAUAUUUCCAACUAUUUUAAUAUUGACAUUCUUGUAUUCAGCCAUGUACUACAAGAACUAUGAUGAUAUUUUACUUGAUAUGUUACGUGGUAAUCUUAUUACUAAUAAGAGGAUUAUUGACUUAACUCAAUCACUACUUAUUCAGAUUCAAACUCACGGAUUUGGUAGUGCAAAAUCAAGUUCGAAUACUAAAGGGAAUGUAACAAAUAAUGGAAUAUCUUUAUCUACAACACCUUAUAUUGAGGUAGAUAGUGAUUUAGAGAACGAUAAUGUAAAUGUAGCAAGACAAAUGCAAGAAUCCCUUAAGAGUUUGACUUCUACAAUGAAUGAAGAUCAGAAACAGCAACUACAGAAAAUUCUUAAUAUAGCGAUUUCAGCAAAAAAUAGAGAAAUUAAAAAGCAACAAAGUUGGGGUAUUUUUGGUUCUAUAUUUAAUAGUAAUAUUUUAUGGAUUAUUGUAGCAGUUAUUGCUAUGCAGUAUAUAAAGGGAUUAUUCUCAUAA